AUGCUAUCCGACAUUGACGACAAGUUCUUUCCCCCUCCUUCUCACAGAGGCUCUCCUCCAAAUCUCCUCGCCCCUCGCACCUGGCCUGGCGUCUCUCCAGCAUCUACAGCCGCUCUCCAGGCUAUUCUCACAGACAACCACAAGAAAUGGCACAUAUUCUUCAAUGACCGUGGCUUUCACAACCAUACAGCCCACGCAGCUCUCACCCUAUGGUCUCUCGGGGCCCAUGAGACCAUCCUCCAAAAGUCGUAUCAAGUAAAUGCCCAGGAGCAGCGCCCCGCCUUCACUUCUCCGAACGCUGUUUCCAAGAAAGACUGGAAGGACUAUCUUGGUGAUGAGAGGUACUAUCAAGCUUACCUUGAAUUCUUCAAGGGCGAGCUCCAGACCAAGAGCAUCAGCGUCAUGCUGGAGGAAUACAUCUUCUCGACAGCCGCAAACUUCGUCCCAGGAGCCAACAAACAACCAGAAAUGCUAAACCGGUUCAUGGAGGGUCUUCUUCAUCCUCUCAUCCACACAGGGUUUGGUGUCGAGUUUGCUCUGCCUGGUACAUUCGCAGAAGGCCUUGCACAAGCAGCCGUUCACGGCGCAUCCUCUACAAAGGUAAUUCCUGAAACAUGGUUUAACCAAUAUGAAAGCCUUUCGUCGCGAUUUGCAAACGCUGUUGGUUUUGGGGACAAGAGCACCAAAAAACCAGUUCAUGCCUUUACAGUCCUCGCUCGAAUUCUCGCAGACCCUAUCUUUGUUCCCACCAAAGUCGCAGAGAUGUAUGGAUUUUACAAGACUACAGUUGAACUGCUGGGAGAUUCCAUCAAGAAAUAUGUCGACGAAUGGACCCUUGAGGGCGAUUUGGAGAAAAGCCUCGAACAAUUGAUUUGGGUUAACACGCUGAUAUAUGGUGUGGGCGGAUCUGAGGAACCAACCUUCAACGCAGACUUUUUCCAUAUGCACCUAGUCACAUCUUCAGUGUUUCUUUCCAGCAUAUUUUCGCACCUCAAGCCAAGUUCCCAAGUGCUGCUUUUGCGAAGCUACUUUGCUGUCUCUCUGGGAUGGUACAUUGGCCGCGGACGUCCGGCUCUUGAUAUCGCGGGAUUCUUCAAGAACCCGGACACGGUCCAUCCUAAAGCACCUGGACCUGAGCCAACUCCGCACAAAGACACGUACCCAUCGGCAACGUCGCCUCAUGCCAUCACACCGGACCCAUGGCUGGCCAUUCUGCAGUCAGCCGCGACAUACCCGGACGAUCACCUGCCCAAGUUACAGAGAGCACUCAGUGAACAUGCGUCGCAUUUUGGGAGUGUGAGAGCGGGCACGUUUGCGGGAACGGAACUGAAGGAUGCAGAGCUCAUCGAUGGCAGUCUAUUUAUCAGAACUGCGGGGUUAACUGCGAACAGAAUGGGAUGGGUACGGGAAGGCGAGGCACCGUUGGAAGGCUCCUGGGAUCGACGUGGGUUUUUCAAAGUACUUUCGAGUAAACUGUGA